AAGAAAAAAAGAUUGGAUAUAACGAACAUAAGACUAGUAGGAUAGGUUGUAAAUAUUAGUUUAGCAGUAGAUGAGUGUAAAGGGCGAAAAUGGAGGCGGCUGGCGCGCUGGCGAGCUUGGCUCCGUCGCCCAUCACCGUGCUGGGUCUGAUACCACUCCUGGCACUAGGAAUUACGUAUUUCAGAUACCAGCAAUACGAUCCGGAGUCUUACAUAUCGGAUGUCAAUGCUAUAAUGCCGAUCUACGAUUUUGUUGUCGUCGGCGGCGGCUCGGCCGGCGCGGUGGUCGCGUCGCGGCUCUCGGAGAUCGGUAACUGGACGGUGCUGCUGCUGGAGGCCGGCCAGGACGAGAACGAGAUCUCCGACAUCCCCGCGCUGGCCGGCUACACACAGCUCUCAGAGAUGGACUGGCAGUACCAGACCACGCCGUCCAACAACCGCUCCUACUGCCUCGCCAUGAACGGAGACCGCUGCAACUGGCCCAGAGGCAAAGUCCUCGGCGGAUGCAGCGUCCUCAACGCCAUGGUCUACGUUAGAGGCAACCGGAACGACUACGAUCUAUGGGAGGCACUAGGAAACCCCGGCUGGGCGUACGACCAAGUACUACCCUACUUCCUCAAGUCUGAAGACAACCGAAACCCGUAUCUGGUCAACACCCCGUACCACAGCGCUGGAGGAUAUCUAACCGUCCAAGAAGCUCCCUGGCGGACGCCGCUGUCGGUCGCCUUCAUUAAAGCCGGCAUGGAACUCGGCUACGAGAACCGCGACAUAAAUGGAGCGAAACAGACCGGUUUCAUGCUGACGCAGGCGACGAUGCGACGCGGCAGCCGGUGCAGCACUGCCAAGGCCUUCCUCAGACCUGUCCGUCAGAGGGAAAACCUUCACAUCGCGCUCGGAGCUCAAGUAACCAGGAUAUUAAUUAACCCGGUAAAGAAACAAGCUUACGGCGUUGAAUUUGUGCGAAACGGACAAAAACAAAAGGUCCGGAUUAAAAGGGAGGUGAUCAUGUCAGCCGGGGCUUUGGCUAGUCCGAAGAUUAUGAUGCUGAGUGGAAUAGGCCCGGCGGACCAUUUGAGGGAACACGGAAUUCCUGUAGUCGCGAAUUUAAAAGUAGGCCACAACUUGCAGGACCACGUCGGGCUGGGCGGUCUCACUUUCGUCGUAAACAAACCGGUCACGUUUAAAAAAGACCGCUUUCAAACGUUCGCUGUUGCGAUGAACUACAUUUUAUACGAAAAGGGGCCUAUGACUACUCAAGGCGUAGAGGGUUUAGCUUUCGUCAACACAAAAUACGCUCCACCGUCCGGCAACUGGCCCGACAUCCAGUUUCAUUUCGCGCCCAGUUCGGUCAACUCGGACGGCGGUGAGCAGAUCAGGAAGAUUUUGAACCUCCGGGACCGCGUUUACAACUCCGUGUAUCAGCCGAUAGAAAACGCCGAAACAUGGACUAUCCUGCCCUUGCUAUUACGGCCUAAGAGUUCUGGUUGGGUGAAGCUGCGAAGCCGGAAUCCGUUCCACGCGCCAUCGAUAGAGCCGAAUUACUUCGCGUAUAAAGAGGACUUGAAAGUUCUGACCGAGGGCAUAAAAAUAGCGAUGGCGAUAUCGAACACGACUGCUUUUCAAAGGUACGGGUCCAGGCCUCACAACCUUCCGAUGCCGGGUUGCCAACACCUGCCACUGUUCAGCGAUGAGUACUGGGAGUGCAGUUUGAAGCACUUCACUUUUACCAUUUACCACCCGACGGGAACUUGCAAGAUGGGCCCCAAGCAUGAUCAGGAUGCAGUAGUAGACCCAAGACUGCGGGUGCAUGGUGUGGCAAACCUCAGGGUUGUGGACGCAAGCAUCAUGCCCACCAUCAUCAGUGGGAAUCCCAACGCUCCGGUCAUCAUGAUCGCGGAAAAGGCUUCGGACAUGAUCAAAGAGGAUUGGCUUGUGUUAUGACAGUGUUUCAUAUUUAUAGCAUUAACGAAUGAGAAUAAUAAAUUUGGAAAUUAACUAAUACCUACACUUUGGGAAAUUUUACAAAAUAAUAACUAGAUGCGGUGAUAUUAGACUGUGUAAGUGCGUCUGUGUUCCUUUUUGUACUCGCAAGGAAUACUAUUUUGAACAGACAGUAUAUUACAUAAUAAGAACUGAAAAGUGAAUUCAUAAAUUUGGUGUUGUUUUAUUUAAUGUAAAAGACUUGAACAAAUAUAAUAUUAAGAAUAUUUAUUAGUGUUACUUCUUAUAGGUUUGUGAGCUGCAGAGAAAGCUACUUUGGAGAACUUACUUUAGUUGAUGUUAUAUUUUUUGUAAAUAAA